AUGUCGAGUAAUCGAACCGAUCAAUACUCUGCUGUGUAUGACAAAGCAUUUUGUUUGACAUGCUUUCUUUUUUAUAGCAGUAACAAGCAGUCAUUAUUCACUUCUGUUGGGUUCAACAAUUGGAGAAAGGUUGGUGGAGAUAAAUGUUCCUUUAAAAGGCAUGUAGGGAAGACAUGCUCUCCACAUUAUAAGUCUAUGCAAGAUUGGUUAGGCUUCAAACAUGUUUGUAGUCAUAUUGAUAAAGUCAUGAAUCCACAACCACCAGAAUUGAUACAGCCAAAUCGGUUACGGCUCAAGCCUACCAUAGAUGUUAUAAGAUUGUUAGCAAAGCAAGCACUUGAUUUUAGAGGUGAUGAUGAAUCUAUUGAUUCAUCUAAUCAUGGAAAUGUUAUUGAGACAGUGGAUUCCUAUGGGAGAAUAAGUGAGGAAGUUGCAAAAGUGACCUUAGAAAAUGCCCCUCGAAAUGCUACUUAUACUUCACCAAAAGUUCAAAAAAAAAUUCUGAAAGUAAGAUUGAUAGUGUCUACUGAACAUAAUCUUCAAGUUGAAAAUUUGCGUGGCCAAGGAAAUAAUGGUGCUAGCAACAUGCGUGAUGAGUCAAAAUGGAUUGCAAGCUUUGUUUUUGCAGAAGCGUCCAUAUGCAUAUUAUGUACAAUGUUUUGUAAAUUGCCUACAACUAGCUUUAAAUACUGCAGCAAAAAUGUGGCAGUUGUCUUUUUAUUCUUUCAAAUGCUUACUAGCAUUAUCAGUGUUGUACACUCAUCUGCUAAGCGUGUUUCUGAGUUGAAAUCUACUAAAGAAAUUUGA